GGGCGACCGGCAAAAACUCGGCCCGAGGAAAAAUGGCUUCGGAGCUCUCACAGACAAACAACUAAGCUUCGGCUUCUAAGCCUCACAAAGAACUGAAGCAGGUUCAGCUUCAAUUCAAUGGCGAAUUCUAAACCCUAUACCCUAGAAACCAAUCAGAGAUGAAGUUUUCAAGAAAAUGUCAUUCAGAACAACCAUCAAACACCUUCAUAGAAACCGCCGAACCUUCGUAGAAUCCUUCUCUUUAGCCCGCUUCAACUCCUCCGCCUCCGCCGUUCACCCACCGCGCCCUCCUUCCAUUUCCCUUCCCCAUCCAAACGAUCAAGACUCCUACACUCACCUCAAAGAAGACCCAAUCGAUAUCUGCUCCUCUAUUUGGGUUAAAGCCUUCGCUUCCCUUCCCAACAGUUCAUUCUCUGAUCUAUCUUCCUUUCUUUCCAAAUUCGAUCUAUGGGUACUCGCGUAUCAGCGUUCCUGUGCGGAUUUGACUGGAAGUUUCCCUCCUCGCAACGCCAUUCAUUCUCACGUUCUACGCGACCUACUUUCUCUUCGCAACGCUGUGAUCAACGGGAAAUUUUCGUGGAACAGGAAGGCUAAUCAGCUAAUUCGAUGCCCAAAUGAUAAGUCUCGGAUUCAUCUCAUUUCCAAGCGCAAGCUUCAAGCUAUGCUUGAGUCCGAUGAACCUUGCUUUCAGGACAGGAUCGUUCAAGAAGUGUUAUUGUAUGUCUUAGAGCCUGUUUUCGAGGCUCGCUUCUCGUCGAAAUCCCACGCGUUUCGGCCGGGCCGGAAUGCCCAUUCUUUCAUUCGAGCCGUCAGAAGUAACUUCGCUGGGUACCUCUGGUUCUUAAAAGCGGAUUUGAGCGAAGUUUUUAGCCGUGUUGAUGAAAAUAUGGUGAUGGGUUGUUUAGAGAAGGCUGUCAAGGAUAAAAAAGUUUUGCGUUUGGUCAAGUCUGCUCUUCAAUCACCGAGGCAGACUCGGCCACGAGUUGAAGAUAAUGAGGUGGUGAAGAAGACGAAGAAAAGGAAAGGGUCUACGAAGAAGAAGAAGAUACUCAAUGAGAAUGAACCCAAACCUGACCCAUAUUGGUUAAGAACAUUCUUCCAUUUCGCACCAGAAGAAGCUGCCAAGGUACCUUCUUAUGGCCACUGUGGUAUUUUGAGUCCUUUACUUGCUAAUGUAUGUCUUCAUGAAUUGGAUCUUGUAAUGGAAGAUAAGAUAGUUGAAUAUUUUAGGCCUUCUAAGCUUGAUUCCAUCUGGAGAGACUCCAUUAAUGAUGGCUGUCAUAACCCAGCUUGGCCGGAGUUUGUUCCAGCUAGUGGCAAGGAGAAAACUAGAAAAAUGGAUUAUAUACGAUAUGGAGGGCAUUUCUUGGUGGGUAUUCGAGGGCCUAGAGAAGAUGCAGUGAGAAUUAGAAAGGAAAUCAUUGAGCUAUGUGAGAGUAAAUUUGGGAUAAGGUUGGAUAAUUCAAAGAUAGAGAUUGAACAUAUUAGCAGAGGUAUUCUAUUCUUAGACCACAUAAUUUGCCGUAGAAUAAUACACCCUACUCUUAGAUAUACAUCCUCUGGAGGUACUAUUGUGAGCCAAAAGUGUGUUGGAACUUUGCUUUCUGUUACUGCUAGCUUGCAGCAAUGUAUACGCAAAUUCAGGCAGGUUGAACUCGUCAAGGGAGAUAGAGAUCCUGAGCCUCUGCCUUGCAAUCCAAUGCUGUAUUCAAGUCAAGCUCAUACAAAUUCGCAGAUGAAUAAAUUCCUUGAGACCAUGGCUGAUUGGUAUCGAUAUGCUGAUAACCGAAAGAAAAUUGUUGGUUUUUGUGCUUAUGUUAUACGUAGCUCCUUAGCUAAACUCUACGCUGCUAGGUAUCGGCUAAAAUCUCGAGCCAAAGUGUAUAGGAUUGCGUUGCGAAAUUUAAGCCGUCCAUUGAUAGAGAGUAGUAACAAUGCAGCACCUGAGUAUUCUGAUCUUCUGAGAAUGGGACUAGUUGAUGCAAUUGAAGGCGUGCAGUUCUCUCGCAUGUCUAUGAUUCCGUCUUGUGAUUACACUCCCCUCCCUCGGAAUUGGGUCCCAGAUCAUGAGAACAUAUUGCGAGAGUACAUCAAGUUACAAGAUCCAGGGUUAUACUCUGAAUUGUAUAGCAUUGUCAAGAGACAAGGAUUGAGUUUGCCUCAAGACGAGAUAUCUGAAAUUGUAUGGGGCUAUAAGAUCCUUGGUGUCUGUCACUUUAAGAUUAAUGUAGGAAACGGAAUGGAAGGCGAAGAAAAAAUGGAAAGCAAGCAUGAUUUUAAGUUUUCCACAGAAUAAGAACUGAGUCGAAUGUCGGGUCACUUCCAGAGUUAGUUGGCUGGCACAGAGGCAAUUGACGACUGAGUUUGAUACACUUCUUUCAACAGAGAUUAAUUACAUCGAUAACCAAAUUGCAAAGAGGGAAAGUAAGAGACAACAGAACUCAAUAACAAGGGAAAAGAGCAUUACAGAACUCAAUAACAAGGGAAGAGAGAUAAAUGCCUCUACGCUGUGUGGAAAAAGGUACUGCCUGAAACCAGCAUAGUAUAGAACUUUUGGUGCAUAUUAUAUUUAAUUCUUUACCAUCGUCUUGGUGUUGGGAACUAUUUCAUUUUGCCUCGAUAAGGAGAGAAAUCUAAGCCAGUUAACC